AGCCGCGUCGCUACGCGCACCGAUCAUGCGGGAACAAUGUGAGCUCUCGUCUCCUUCUCUUCAGCUAGCCCCUCUUCAGUCAAGAGGUGUUGUCGUGGUGAGACGGCGUUUUGUCAGGAGUAAAGGGACAGUUUUACUGCAACGCUAUCUCCAUAGCUCCGAAUGAGAGCAAGUGACCCGGGAGAAAGGGUGUUGCCUUGCUUUUGCCUGCCCGUGCACGGUGUAGUAGCAACGUCCAUGCGCCGUUUGCUAAUUUGAAAUUGGACCGAGCCAAUUGAGGACGUUGAGGCAGGUGUGCGGCGUCAUUCGUAAUUCUGCGUAUACGCGGCCCAUUUUCCCGUCUCAUCUCAGAUGUGUAUGGACUUUAAUACCGGCCAAGCAGGCUCCUGUCGACGAGGGUGAUACAGUAUUUUGUUGCAGAGCGAAUUUCUUUCAGAUGUCUCCGCGUUCGCUUUGAGGAACGGACAGACGAGGCUCUGGAUUUAAAGCCUGAGAAGGAGUGCGGAAUUCUCCGGAACGAGUGAAGAAUUGAGAUCACUGAUGCCCGUCUCUCCCGAAUAAGUCUCCCAGCUUUUGAUUUUUAUGACGGAAAGUGUACCCAGCUACGGUAGAACUGUAAGGAGACCUCUUCAACAUGAAUACAGGGAGUGAUUCUCACUCGUCAGAUUCAGAUGCUUGGAGGUCGCGUAGCACCGACGGCCUGAGGAACGGCGACGACAUCACUUCUUCCCUGGCCGCCAAGGGCUUCCGCAGCGUCAGACCCAACCUGCAAGACAAGAAGUCCCCCACACAGGCUGUCAAUCAAGUCCCCCUCCCGCCCCCAAGGAGAGAGAGCUACCCCUCCCCCGCCACAGGUGCUAUCCCCCCCUCCUACAGCUCCCUCCUAGCCGAGACACUCGGGCCCGGGAUGCUAGCCCUCUCCAACGAGAAGGCCAUCCUCAAAGAGUCUUACACAGUCAAGAGCAGGUCUUCCUACUCCCACCACUCCCACCAUCAGACUACUACCACCACUUCUGCACCCCAAUCUGAACCCGAACUCAACCCCCAGCCCCCACAAACAAACCCUCAGUCUCCCCUCGCCAACCCCAUCCCCAAUGACACCAGCAAGGUCAAAGCCUCCACAGCUACUUCCUCCUCCACCACCACCCAGCUUCAGGCUGCAGAGCGCAAGGUGUCCUCCCUCAGACUCACCCCCGUCACCAUCCCUGACCCCCCCUCCCACCAGCCCGUCCCCCAGCCUGAGACUCUCACCACCUCCCUUCCUCCCCCUAACCUUCCCCCCUGUACAGACUCCUCCAUCGGCCCCCAAAGCCAGCACACAGCCUCCCUCUCCGUCCAGAUGGCCCCGCGGAACCCCAAACCACCGGGUUCCAAGGCCCCAGCCCCAGCUUCUGACCCUGGGGAGGGCAGGAAGGUGAAGGCCCCCCCUCCAGUUCCACCUCUACCGUCCGCAGCGAAUGUGGUGGGCUCGCCUCCUCACCCCUGCUUCCCCGACCACAGAGCCCGGCGCUCACCUUACAACCGCCAAAGCGCCGACUCACUGGACUACCUGGCGGGCUUCAAAGCCCUGUCGCCCACCCCGUACGCCCCAUCCCCAUACGCCACCUUGGAGCGCGUUGGGGGGGACCGAACGGACAAAAUUGGCAUAGUCGGCGGGGUUAGCGUAAGCGUGGUUAGUGCUGAUGGAUGUAUGGGGGGCAUGUCACCCUCGCUCUCCCCAGUGACAGUGUCAGCGCUCAGCCAGUACUCGUCCUCCACGGCAGGCCUCCUGGAGGAGCUCCAGAUCUGCAACCUAGACUCCCCCGGCGUGUCUCCCACACCCUCGCCCACCCUCAGCCACAUGUCGACCUCCGCGUCCACCACGGGCAACGACGAGGCGCCGCCGCUAACCUCCGCCGCUGCUGCCACUAACGGCCAAGCUAUUCAAGUGGCUAUGAAUGGAAGUGCGCCCCACCCCCAGAGACCCUCCUCACCCCCGGCCUACCCCCCUCUCCCCGCCUCGUUCAGCCCAGGGGUGGUUCACAUGCAGAGUCGGAGCGCAGAAGGUUCAGAGUCGGUGAUGUCGGGCCACACCAGCGUGAGCAGCACGGUGCCCAUCGCCCGCUUUUCCGAGGAAGAGAAGAGGGUGUCGGUCAUCAAGGCGCCCCACUACGAGGGCAUUGGCCCCGUGGAUGACACGGGCAUCCCAAUCGCCAUUCGCACGACGGUGGAUAGGCCGAAGGACUGGUACAAGACCAUGUUCAAGCAGAUCCACAUGGUUCACAAAGCAGAUGACGACUAUGCCGACUCGUACAACGCCACAUACACUGUCAGCGGUGACAGUGACACAUAUGGUCAGUCCUCCAACCCCACCGUGGCCUACCCUCCCCCCAGGACACAAACGUACCGGCCCCUGGCCAAGAGCCCGUCGGACAACGGAGGCCCCGGGACCUUCAGGGAGCCCUCCCCCGUGCCACCGCCACCCCCGCCCAAGCCCUCCCUCCUACAGCUGAGGUCCAGAGACAGCGACCGGGAGCGAGACUCGCCCGACACCAUGAAUCAGUGGGGCCCUCCCGAUAGGAAAGUGGACACGAGAAAGUACCGCGCUGAACCCAGGAGUAUAUUUGAGUAUGAGCCUGGGAAAUCAUCCAUUCUGGAGCAGGAGAGGCCGACCUAUAAGCUAAACCCAGAUGACAUAGAUUUAGAGAACGAGCCUUGGUAUAAGUUCUUUUCCGAGCUGGAGUUCGGCCGUCCGCCUCCUAAAAAACGUCUGGAUUAUAAUCCAGACAUCUGCCCUCGCCGACUCACCGAGACGUCGCUGUACUUCACUCCCACUGCUGACCGGGUUCCAGAGAGGCCGGCGAGUGCUGCCAGUGACUACAGGAAGAGGAGGAAGUCGGAGCCGUCAGGUGACCAGGGCAAGAACCAGGUCUCCCCAAAACCACCGGACCCUUACAAAGGCUGCAGCACACUGAGGAAACCUGCCAUCCGCUCCUCCCCCUCCUCCCCCUCCAGAGUCAAAGGUGGGGACACGUGCGAAAUGACCUACUCCCCCCGUUUGAGCUCUUCCCCGGGCCCGUACCUGUGCUCCCCUCUCUCCCCCAUGCCCUCCAACCUCGCCCACCGUCGCUACGACGACGAUGCCAACCCGGGGGGAGCCUCUUCGCCCUCCUCGCCCCUCAAGCGCGCCAUCUGCUUCAAGAACGGCUGGCAGACGCGGCGGCAGGACGCCGAGACAUGGAGCAGCACAGAAGACGCGCCGCCCUCGCCCGCAAAGCUGAAGUCGCGUAGCUGCGACAACCUGCUCAACGACGGGCACCCAGGGGGCACCGGCGGGCACAAGGCUACCCGUUCAGAGAGCGCCGGGUCACUGGUAUUCGACAACCCAUUGGGGCAAACCGCAUCGUCCUCUACUCGCUCCUUGCCUCGCCCGCACCGGCGACGUGCCCACGACGCGCCAGGCUUCCUGAAGCUCUACCGCAAGAUGCACCACAUCGACCGCGCCCAGCUGCUACCCUCUGACGUCAUCCGCUCGGUCCGUGCCCGCAUCCUGGAACUGGAGCGCCAGCCGCACCUCUUCCCCCGAAAACUCUCCCCCUGGGGGCCGUCGUGGGGCCUGGAGGUUCCUCGCGAUACGGUGCCAAUGCGCAUCUCCACGUACGAGCAACUCAUCCAGAAGUCCAAGUCCAUGCCCGACUUGGGAGAUAGCGAGGUCCCAUCUGGCGCAACCACACCCGGCGGGUCAUCGUCCCGCGCCAGUAGUAGCGGGGGAGGAGGCGGCGGGGGCAGGGAGACACCCGGGUACCCCAAACGCCGUUUCUCCAUUGAGUCUCUGCUAGAAGAAGACAUUAACAAUGGGAAUGGUAACGGGACGUCCCAUCACACAUUUGACCACCAUCACCAGGGGGCAAGGAACCCGCCCGAGGGUCAGCCCCGCCUCGCUCUGGACCCCCACCACCGCCAUUUCCCCGAUCCCCUCGUUUAUCCACGCGCCACUGUCCCGGGGGCCGAGUACUCUGAGUCAGAGCAGGAUGCAGCCGCCUCGGACCUCAGUGACUUUGUCCAAGUCGAAGGAUCCUCCUUCUGCAGCGAGAGCGACUUCGACCACUGCUCGCUCACCUCGUCAGUCGAGAGCUUCUACGGCCCCUCCUCCCACCACCACCUUCGACACCACCACAGUCACAGCCACAGCCACCACAACCCCAGUCAUCAGUCUCUCGGUCAGGGUCAGGGCUACCAGCACCGUCACCUCAUCAGCUCGUGUAAAGGACGCUGCCCGGCCUCCAACACCCGCUUUACCACUAUGCUGCGCCACGAGCGGGAGCAGGCCCGUCAGGAGCUCCGGCAGAAACCCCCCCAGACACAGCAAACCAGACACGGGGGAAGGGGAGGGAGCGGAGGGGACCACCAUGGCCUACCCCCCUCGUCCCAAGCAGCCCAAACCCAGCAGGGGAUGUCCAAACUGGCCUUCCUCAUCAGUCCCGUGCCUUUCCGAAGGAAAAAGGGUGAUUCUCCACCCACUUCGAGAAGGAGUAGUGGAGGUCGAAGUACCCGGCCCAAGUCUAAAGAAGCCGUCUAUGAAGCUUUGGAUGCGGCUUUGAGGGAUAUCUAUGAACACAUCCAAGCGGAGCGAGGCCGGAGCGGCGCUAGGCUACCAGACGAUAGCAUCCUCCGGAGGCUACUGGCUGAGAUCCUCCCGGAUGUGCCCGAGAGGAGCUCCUCGUUGCGGGGACAGAGGGGGAGCCGCAAGGGGGGUCCCUCCUCGAGCUCCUCGUACCCCGACGGGAGUCCCACGGGGUACAGCUCGUCACCGCGGCUACAGUCGCCGCUAAGUACCUCUUAUAGUCUCCAUACAGAUGCCUCCAAUAACAACGACUUUGGAGAGGAGCCAGGCAACGCAGGUGGAGCAUCCCUCACAGAGCAGGAUGCCUCCAGGGGGUACAACACAACCACCAGCGACGGGGGAGGGGGGCAGACCAGACGAGCCACCCCGGACAGAGAGGUCUCCCAUAAGCAGAUGACCCAACUCAUUCUCUUCUCUCUCCUCCAUCAGAAACAGCCUGCCAGAGCUAUAUAUGACUUUAAGGCACAGACCGCUAAAGAGCUGACGUUCAAGAAGGGCGACGCGGUGAACAUCAUCAGACAGAUUGACAGCAACUGGUACGAGGGGGAGCACCGCGGACGCCUGGGCAUCUUCCCCAUCUCCUACAUAGAGAAGAUGCCGUUGCCAGACAAGCAGCAGCCGAUUAGGCCUCCUCCACCAGCACACGUCAGAGAGAUCGGGGAGGGGGUGGCCCGUUACAAUUUCAACGCUGACACAAACGUGGAGCUGUCCCUCCGCAAGGGUGAGAGGGUAAUCUUGCUGAGACAGGUGGACCAGAACUGGUACGAGGGGAACAUCCCAGACACCACCAAGCAGGGCAUCUUCCCUGUGGCCUACAUAGACAUCGUCAAACGCUCGCCCUCCAAGAGCCCCGCCCCCUCCCACCACCCAGACCCACACGGCUACCCCAGCAGCAGGACACAGGGCUCCACGCCCACCAAGAAGUUUGUGCAGGAUUUGCUCCAUGGUGGAGGAGACCCGUUCCAGGCCCUGUACAACUAUCUGCCCCGUAACGAGGAUGAGCUGGAGCUGAAGGAGGGGGACGUCGUGGACGUCAUGGAGAAGUGUGACGACGGCUGGUUUGUCGGGACUUCUCGACGGAGCAAGCAGUUUGGAACCUUCCCAGGAAACUACGUCAAGAAACUAUAAUGAUGAAUCCGGUCCACCCCCGCACCCUCCUUACUUGGACCCUUCCAUCUCUAGCACAACCCAUAUUGGACACAACCAACCCGGAGUAAAAUGGAGUUGCUCCCAGACACUGAUUUGGGUCAGUUUUGCACUUUCCCCACCAAUGGUUAUGGUUAGAAUUGGGGGAGGUGGAGCUGACCCUAGAUCUGUACCUAGGGGAAGCCUCACCCCGGAACAACACGCCCCCACUGUCGGGACAUCCAAGAAGCCUUUCCCAAGCGUGUGUGACGUCACAGCAAGUAUUUUGUUUUAGCUCUAACUAGCCAACUCUACAGGAGACUAUUCCACUAACGAAACGGUUAUUUUCUAAACGAUGGAGUAGAGGUAGAAGAAGAUCCAUACUUUUGUAUUCCUGUCACCUCAGAUACCGAAGGAAGGAAGGGAAGCCAAACAAGAUGGCCACCUUUUUAGUGUUGACAUCUGCUUUCAUUUGAUUCAUUAGAUCUAUUUUUGACCCAGUAAUGUAAUUACUUGCAUUGAUAAGUUGAUUGUGUAACAUUCAGAGAGGUCAAAUGUGGUAAAGAGAGAGUUAAAGAUGCCGAGUAAACUGCCACUCAGGAUUUGCCUUGACAUCAUCACGUCAGCCAUGUUUCUUUUCCCUUUUUCCUCAGUGUUAAAUGAGUACAGAGACCCCCCCCCCCCCCUAAGCGUAUUAUCUGUAAUAGGAGGGCAUGGUAUUUUCAGAGCAGUACUGUCAUAGGACAUUGCAACACAUUUUCAAUGUUUAGUCAUUUGGCAAAUGCUCUUAUCCACACCGACUUUCAAUAAGCAACGCGAAACAACCACAGCGUUAUUAGUACAAAAAUCUUCAUCCGAUGUUACAUGUUCAUACCCCAACACAGGAACACUCACCUAUUUCCCCAGUGAAAAUGAUGAUGAUGCUGUGUAAUCCAUGAUACCCAAAAGUGUUGCUGGAUACCACGGGAAAGGGUAUGACAUGUUUGGAGGUAAAUGCAUUGAUAUUGAAUGCAUAUAUGUAUAUCCAGAGCCUUUUAUUCGCACCGGAAGGUUCUGGAUAUCUGCCCGCUAUGGGUCGACAGUCAAUUCCAGUUUUUCAUUUUAGUGUUUGCAAACUCCUAUAUGGAUGAGUUCCUUCAAAUGUGGAAGUGGCAAUCGUUGAUAUUUCCUUUUCAACCCUUCUGCUUGAACAAGUACAGUACAUUUUGUACUUUUGAUGGAAGUAAUAUUUAUAGAUCUGGGAUUUUAUUGAUUUGGUUGACUUGGCGUUUUAUCUUUUCUCUCUCAUGUAAAAAUGUCUGAGUUACACUACGGAUUUUACAAGUGAAAGGUAGAUUGGAUUGUCGAUAGGGCUUUGGGAGUUUGAUACAUAUGCAAAAGCAACUAGUUUUCCCCACUUUUUUCUGUAUGUAUAGAUGUUUAUAAUGGGGGAAAAGUAUUGAAUAUUGAUGAAACGUCAUUUAGACGUCUCCGUCCAUAGAUAUAACUCAUGGAAUGGAUGGAGCAGCAUCAGUUUCUCAGCUUACUUUGUGUACUUUCUUGUAGUUGAAGUGGCCUAAAGUUGACGUGUACUUUUGGCUAAUUUCAACCACAGCAAAUCCCCUUGUCAUGUUUAAGAUAACGAGACAAUAGGCCAAUUUUUGUUCCCAGUCAAGUCUUGACAUUUGUCAAUAUACAACAAACGUUCAGGUCUCAACAAUAAAACAACCCUCCUUUUUUUGAAAUGGUGUUUAUUUUAUUCGAUGACGAGGUUUUCUUUUUACGAUUGCUGUUGAAUACUGUUGAAUUAGGAGUGUUGCCACAUUCGUUGCCUUUUGUCCAAAUGGGAUGUUUUACUUCACUCUAAUAUAAUCAGAUAAGCGGUGUAAAUGAAUUUGAUUGAAUUAUACAGUUAAGUUCCCGUUUUUUUUCUCUCUAUAGGUAAUUCUGACGGCGACCUUUUUUACUGUCCGGGAUGAAUGAAACGAUUAGAGAGAGUGUCACUGCAAUAGCUUAUAACAAUGUAUUUGAAUAACAUUGGUUAGGCAUACUUUUUGUGUUCCAUGAAUAUGAUUUAUGACAUUUUGUUUUUGCCUUUUUCGUGUGUAAAUGAGUAUGUAUUCAUAUAGGAAGGACACUGCCCACAGAACAAUCGUUUAAGCACCUUAAUAUGUAAUUACUUUAUUUUUUGGUUUCUGUCUUUGGUUGGUUUUGUUCUAGUUUAUUUUUCUCCCCGUCCCCUUUUCAUUCACUCUUCCCUGGGUCGUGUUCAUUUAGGCACCAAAAGAAAACGGACUCCCUGGACAUGUCCAAUAAGAAAUGCACAUUUUCAUGUUCUGUUGCAAACGUUUCCCGUUGCUAUCCCCAAUGAACACGACCCUGGCAUGUGAGAGCACUGCGUGUCUGUUGGCGUUUUUUUUGUACGUCUUUUGUAUGGCGCUGUAAAAUCGACGACACCGAUCCACUGCUUUAUAAACUCUUAUUUUUCUCACCCAC